AUGCCGUAAUUAACUAACAGAUAAUAAGAGCUACAUCAGGUGUAGUGGGUCAGCUGUAUAAGUAAAUGAACACAGAAACAUUAAAGAUAAAUUAAAAGGUGUUGUUGCGGGUCCUGUCCGCAGGGGGCGCAGUUUGUUGACAGCAGCUACAGUCUAUCAGAGCUGUCAGACACACAGGGCGAUGUCGCCUCUCAGCUGCUUGUAUAUUUAUAGAAAUAUAUAAUAUCCUGCUGUGAUUAUAAUUAAAACAUCUGGAACAGCACCUGAGACCGACUGAGUCCAGAAGCAUGGCGGCACCGCCUUCUGUCCUGAGAGAGUUCUGCCCGCUCUACUACCUGCUGAACGCAAUCCCAGCCAAGGUGCAGCGGGGGUUCCGGUCCGUGCUGGUCUACCUGACGGCGCUGGACAGCAGCGGUGACUUCCUGGCGGUCGGCAGCAGCACCGGCAUGCUCUACCUGUACUGUCGCCGCCGAGCUCACCUGAACAAGUACAGCCUGGAGGGGAAGAGUGAUGCGAUCACAGCUGUGAAGCUGCUCAGCUGUUUUGAUGAUCUGGUUGCCGUGGGAACAGCGUCAGGUCGAGUUGCAGUCUUCCAGCUUGUUUCUCCACUUCCUGGUCGAAACAAACAGUUGAGGCGUUUGGACGUGGUGGGCCUCCAUAAAGGCUCGGUGACAUCGUUGGCGUGGAGCUCCAACGGGACCAAGCUUUUCUCCGGAGACGAUAAAGGACGAGUGGUGUUCUCGUCUCUGGACCUGGACCAGGGAGUGUGUAAGCCUGUGCUGCUGCUGGAGGAAUCCUCUGCUGUGGUCCAGAUGGAGUACCGUCACCAGGUGUUGCUGAUCUCCACGCUGCACAGAUCUCUGCUCUACUGCACGCAGAAACAGGAAGUGCUGCAGCUCGGCACCAAGCCACGCAAAAGCAGCGGGCGGUUCGGCGCCUGCUUCCUGCCGGCUCUUUGUAAACAGAGCGACCUCCAGGUGUUUGCUGCUCGACCCGGACUCAGACUCUGGAGGUCUGACAUCAGAGGACAGGUGGAGGAACCCGGCGCU